GCUGAAGUGACAUUUACCAUUUCCAGCUCCAUCGUUGUUGCAAAACGAUGAAGUUGUAAGAUGAUGGGCGAUCAGUUUCGUAAAGUGGAACAAUAUUCGCCCAAAUCUUCGCCUAGAGGGGCUCGUUCCCCUGUCGUUUCGCGUCAGGAUUCGUCAGGAACAUUAAAAACGACAAUUUUGUUAGGAAAGAACCCUUCAAUUGUCCCUAGUGGACCUUUCUAUUUGAUGAAAGAGCCUCCAGGAGAGUCGGAACUAACAGGAGCGACGAAUUUGAUGGCCUAUUAUGGCCUUGAGCACUCUUACAGUAAAUUCAGUGGAAAAAAGCUUAAAGAACAGUUAUCUUCGUUUUUGCCAACAUUACCUGGUGUUAUUGACUCUCCUGGACAGCAUGAUAACAGUUCAUUAAGGUCAGUGAUUGAAAAGCCCCCAAUUGGGGGCAAGGAAUUGUUACCGUUGACAAGCAUCCAACUGGAUGGCUUUAGACUACACCCUGGGGCGCUGCCUGAACAAUAUCGUUAUGCAAAUGCGGCGCCUAUGAAAAAGCAUAAAAAUAAACAUAAAAAACACAAACACAAAGAUGGGGGGCUUCCAAGUCAGGAGACUACCAUUACUGAUGCUGGAAGUGAUACACAUGAAAAGAAGCAUAAAAAGCAAAAACGGCACGAUGAAGAUAAAGAAAGGAAGAAAAGAAAAAAGGAAAAGAAGAGAAAAAAGCAGAAACACAGUCCUGAGCACAGUGGUGGCUUGACGCCCAGCCAACACUCAAAUUCGUGAAGAUCUUCAAGUGGAUUGCGAAUAAUUCCAACUUACCCUAGGUUUAAGCUCUAUUAUUUAUUGUUUAUUAUUUUGGAAAAUAAACAGACUGUUAUUUUUA